AUGUUGUCCAAGUGGCUGUGGCGGUUUGCAACGGAGAGGGAUAGUUGGUGGCGCAAACUUAUCGAUAUCAAGUAUCACAACCCCUCUUCUGUUUGGCAAACGGAAAAGGUUAGAAGCGGUUUUUCUCAAUCGGUGUGGGAGAACAUAACGAAAGAAUACGAGCUAUUUUGGAAGUUUGCAAGUCUUGACCCGGGUAAUGGGUCCAUGAUUUCAUUCUGGCAUGACGCUUGGAACCAGGGGAUAGUUCUGUCUUCUGCAUUUCCACGCGUUGCUGCUGCCACUGUCGACUCCGAAGCAAGACUGUCCGACGUAGCAUCCCUCAAUGGUGAGUUGGUGAGUUGGUCUUUCAAUCUUAAAUAUAAUUUGAGGGGGGGUGCUGAUCGGGAGAGGGUAGAGUUGUUGAAUUUUCUUAAUAAUAUUCCUAUGAACAACAAUGCUUUUAGUCCGUGCAGAAUAGUUUGGAAUCCUGAUCCAAACAGUAAGUUCUCGGUGAGCUCUUUAUACAGGAACAUUGUGCAGGAUACGAUGCCAGGAGUGCACGAUUUCCCGUUGAAGCAAGUCUGGAAGAAAUUGAUCCCUAGUAAAGUGUGCUUUUUUAUGUGGAUGGUUUUUCAUAACAAAAUUCUUACAGUUGACAACUUGAAGAGGAGAGGAUGGCUGAUGGCGAACAGAUGUUGUCUCUGUUGUAGAAAUGAAGAAUCCAUCAAUCACUUGCUGGUGGAUUGUGUCUUUGUCAAGGAAGUGUGGAGACAUAUAAACAGGGGGAGAACGGUUUUGUCCUUCCAAGACAGGGAGGUGAAAUUAAUAAUCAAACACAGCCCUAAUUCCAAGCCGGGAAACGUCGGUGAGUGGUUUAGAGAAUGUAUACUACAUGCUGUUUGGUGGUUUAUAUGGUUGGAAAGGAACCAAAGAGUUUUCGAAGAGAAGAAGUCGACAACCAUGGGGGUGGCUAGAAGAGCGGCGAGGAACGUGAUGGAAUGGUUGUUGGCCUAUGGCCAGAUUGAUAGAAUUCAGGGUGAGGCUUGGUUGCACGAGCUCUUGUUGAUCUGA